GGUGUCAUUGUUUUCCUUCUUCCACUUUUUUUCACAGUUGAACUGGUCGUCUCUUUUGCUUAAUCUGCAAAGUUUAUCUUCUCAUCUCUUUGAUGUAUGGCAAUCAAUAUUAUUGUGUUGUGUUAUUUUCAGCUAUGUUUCCGUGUUUUGAUUGGUUGUGUAGUGAAUCUUUUUUUUUUUCCGGCGGUGUGUUGUUUGGUUAGGGGAUUUGAAGAGGACAGUGACAUGAUUCAAAUCAACACCAAUCUUCGUAGUCGCAAGGUGUCAGACAUUUUUUUUUAUUGUGUUAGCAUCGUUUUAGUUGAGGUUGGCUCUGUUGCGUGUUGUGAUUUUAUUAUUUCGUUACAGAUUCAAGAGCUUAAGUUGUGUCCGUCCUCUGAGCUGUGUUGGUAUUUCUCAGAUACUUGGGAGCAGUUUCAGAUCAAUGGCAGGGUUGAGGUCAUUGAUGCCUCAAGUUCUGACCAAAUUUCAGGCAAGGCUUAUGUAAAUCUUUCAUGCGCCUGGUAUGCCUUACAACAACGAGCAACCAGAUCAAGAA